UUUCCCGAUGCUCAGCCCUCAUCCAUCGUCCACUCCAUUAAGCGAAUAAACGUGAGAGAGAGUCACAUCUCUCUUAUCAACGAGCGUGUCUCACUCAUUCAUUGUGUCAAAUAGCUGGGUUGGCAGUCGGCAGUAGCAUAACAGAGCUCAACACAGAAGAGAAGCGAUCGAACCAUGGCUUGUUCGAUUCGUCCCACUCUCUCUUCGUUUCGCUUUUCAACCGUUGCUUCUCGUUCUCUCUCCCGCCCCUUCCUCCGCCUUCCCUCUAUCACUACCAGAGCAUUAGGUGAAUCCAAUAGAUUGAGAGCAACGAGGAUGGUGAGGCGAGAUGGGAAUUUCAUGAGAGUGAUGGCUUCCCAAGCAAGCACCGCUGCUUCCCCCGAGAACACACUCGAAUGGGUCAAGCAAGAUAAGCGAAGGAUGCUUCAUGUUGUCUACCGUGUUGGCGAUUUGGACAGGACUAUCAAGUUUUAUACAGAGUGCCUGGGAAUGAAGCUCCUCAGGAAGCGUGACAUACCUGAGGAGAGAUAUACUAAUGCCUUUCUUGGAUAUGGCCCCGAAGAUUCGCACUUUGUUAUUGAACUCACUUACAAUUAUGGAAUUGACAAGUAUGACAUUGGAGCUGGAUUUGGACAUUUCGGCAUUGCUGUUGAUGAUGUUGCAAAAACAGUGGAACUAAUAAGAGCGAAGGGUGGCAAGAUAACUAGAGAGCCUGGUCCUGUCAAGGGAGGCAGCACGGUCAUUGCAUUCAUUGAAGAUCCUGAUGGCUACAAAUUUGAACUUUUGGAAAGAGGCCCCACUCCCGAGCCCUUGUGCCAAGUGAUGCUUCGAGUCGGUGAUCUUAAGCGUUCCAUAGAAUUUUAUGAGAAGGCUUUUGGUAUGGAGCUCCUUCGCACUCGAGAUAAUCCAGAAUACAAGUAUACCAUAGCAAUGAUGGGUUAUGGUCCAGAAGAUAAAAGUACUGUUCUGGAAUUGACUUACAAUUAUGGAGUCAAAGAAUAUGAUAAAGGAAAUGCUUAUGCUCAGAUAGCAAUAGGCACAGAUGAUGUGUACAAAACCGCAGAAGCUGUUAAGUUAGCUGGAGGAAAGAUUACUCGGGAACCUGGACCACUGCCUGGUAUCAACACAAAAAUUACAGCAUGCUUGGAUCCUGAUGGUUGGAAGACGGUUUUUGUAGAUAAUGUUGAUUUCCUUAAGGAGUUGGAGUAAAGUAUUUAGGUUGGCAAGCAUAGUGUCAUAGUGAUGUGAGAUUAUUAGCUCCAAACCUCUGUCGAAGAAUUGGAAUUCUUGGUUGAAGUAGUUUGCAUCACAGAAUGUAACAUAUUCAAAUCCGUUUUUUGUAGAUCGUGCAAUAAUGACUAUAGCGACAACGUUUGUAGAUUAUGUUGUUAUAACUCUUUAUAAUGAA